AUGCCGAAUACCCAUGCAGAGCUCCUUCCAUUUCUCUGUUUCGUCCUUCUAUUAGCAAACCUCCAUCUCUCUCUCGCUGAUAUCGGCACAGCCGCCACCUACAAGCCACCAUACAUCCCCACAGCUUGCAACGGCAAUGCCGCCGAACAGUUCCCGUCGAGCAACCUGUUUGCGGCAGCAGGAGAGGGAAUAUGGGACAACGGCGCGGCCUGCGGGAGGCAGUACUUGGUGAGGUGCAUAAGCGCCGCCAAGCCAAACGGUUGUGUUCCGAGCCAGACUAUUCAGGUGAAGAUUGUGGACCGUGCUCAGACAGCGGCUUCUAGGCCGUCAAGGGGUGGCACCACCAUGGUCCUCUCUACAACUGCUUAUGGAGCCAUUGCUAGGGGAUCUCCUGCAUCAAUUAACAUUGAAUUUCAACAGUAAGUAUAGGCUUGACUUUCGGUCCGAUAGGCUAACCUUUAUCACUUGAAUAAUACACAAAAUUGAGACUCGGAGAAACCAAGACAUCAAUAUGUGUUUUUAAAUUAAAAUCAAAAUUUAUAUUUUUCAAAUUUAACAGUACACCUAUCUCGUAGAUAGACACCACUAAUAUAUAUAUAUACACGAACCAUAUGGAAAAUUGUGAGAAUUUUCCAUAUUCAAUG